AUGUUCUCAGAUUUAGAAUCUCUGAUUGUAAAUCUGAGACGAAUCGUGGCGGAGAAAGGAAAAUCCGAAGAAGUUCCUUGUAUAGACGACAACAAGUUCUAUCGUAAUCCUAAGGCACCAUCACACAGCGUCUGGUCACCUACAGAAUGUGCUAAAUAUUUUCUCUGCUUAGAUAAUGAAGUGUUUGAAUUCAAAUGCUCGCAAGGACUUCUUUUCGAUGUCUCCAGGCAGAUUUGCGAUUUUAAGACAAACGUCGAUAAUUGCGACGUAACUUCAGAUGCCCAACCGGCGAAGCCACUGCUCAAGAAUGGCGAGUGUGAUGAGGAAAGUUUGGCUUGCGGAGAUGGCACGUGUCUUCCGGCUCUUUAUUUUUGCGACGGGAGCGUCGAUUGUCCCGAUGGCUCCGAUGAAGGAUGGUGCGACAUGCAACAUGAUGUAAAUGCCGCGCCGGUUUGUGACUCCGAAAAAUGCCAAUUACCAAAUUGUUGGUGUUCUAAGGAGGGGACUCAAAUUCCACGAAAUCUCACUGCACUCGCAAUUCCACAAAUGAUAACAAUUACUUUUGAUGACGCUGUAAAUGCUGAAAAUUUCGAACUCUAUUCAAAAAUUUUUACGGAUGACAGAAAAAAUCCCAAUGGUUGUCCUAUAAAGGGUACUUUUUAUAUCAGCCAUCAGUAUACGAAUUACAGGGAUGUGCAAUAUUUAUGGAACGCCGGUCACGAAAUAGCCGCGCAUUCCGUUACACAUCGUGGACCGGAAGAAUGGUGGUCGAAGAAUGCGACGAUUGAAGACUGGUUCGACGAGAUGGUCGGAGUAGCCAAUAUCAUCAAAAAAUUUGCAGCGGUUCGUAUCGGCGAAAUCAAAGGGGUAAGAGCACCGUUUCUGCAGGUCGGAUGGAAUCGCCAGUUUCUGAUGAUGUCUGAGUUUGGUUUCGUUUAUGAUUCCUCGAUCGUCGCACCUUUCUCCGAUCCACCUUUCUGGCCCUAUACGCUUGACUACAGGCCGCCGCAUCCGUGCGUCCGUGCAGGGCAACUCUGUCCUACCCGUUCUUAUCCGAAUAUCUGGGAAUUACCUUUAAAUCAACUUUUGGCAAAUGAUUACACAUGCAGUACUGUGGAUUCAUGUCCCGCUGAUUUAUCUGGCGAAGAAGUUUAUAAGAUGCUCAUGCUGAACUUUAAAAGACAUUAUCUUACUAAUCGCGCACCUCUCGGCCUACAUUUUCAUGCAUCAUGGUUUCAAAACCCAAUGUACUUUUAUGCAUUUAAUAAAUUCGUCGACGAUCUACUUCGACUGGACGAUGUGUUUUUUGUCACAAGUCAUCAGAUUGUAGAGUGGAUGCGCAGACCAACACCUCUGAAUGAAAUUGAAAAGUUCACCCCAUGGCAAUGCACAAAGCGACAUUUUGAACCGUAUGAGAUAGCCUGUGACUUGCCGAAUAGUUGCAAAUUACCCAGUAAAGUACUUAAAUCAUACAGGUAUUUACAUACAUGUUUCGAAUGUCCGAAACAAUAUCCAUGGCUAAGAAACGAAUUCGGAAUUGAGUGAAAAAAAUGAUAAAAGCAACUUAUAGGACUUAUCCUACAUAUGUUGCUUAUACAUCAUCGAGAGUUCACAUAGUACCUUGCUUAGAUGUGCAAUCGUAUUAUUUAUUGUAAACAUAGAUAUAAAAAAUACGUGUAUCUAAGAAAAUGGCAUUUAUUUCCUACAUAUAUAAGAUUCCUCAAUUUAUAAUGCAAAAUAAAUUAUAUUUUUAUUUAAAAAAUGGAAAUAAUAUUCAAA